AUAAAGUUACGACACGAACAACAAGAGUUGGGCUUAUAAAUCAUCAUCAUCAUCAUCAAGGGCUUACGCUAAAAUCCCUUUUCUUCUUCUUCUUCAUGGCUUCUACAUCACAAGCAACUCUCCUUCUUCAAAAACAACUCAAAGAUCUCUGUAAAAAUCCUGUUGACGGAUUCUCAGCGGGUCUCGUUGAUGAAAACAAUCUGUUUGAAUGGAGUGUGACUGUAAUCGGGCCUCCUGAUACAUUAUAUGACGGAGGCUUUUUCAAUGCUAUAAUGUCCUUCCCGCAAAAUUAUCCAAACAGUCCCCCGACAGUAAGAUUUACCUCAGAGAUUUGGCAUCCAAACGUUUACCCUGAUGGAAAGGUCUGUAUAUCGAUUCUUCAUCCGCCUGGUGAUGAUCCUAAUGGCUACGAACUUGCAAGUGAGCGCUGGAUGCCAGUUCACACGGUAGAGAGCAUAGUCUUGAGCAUUAUAUCAAUGCUUUCUAGCCCCAACGAUGAAUCCCCUGCUAACGUGGAAGCUGCGAAAGAAUGGAGAGAGAGUAGAGACGAAUUCAAGAAGAAAGUUGGUCGAUGUGUAAGAAAAUCACAAGAACUCAUGUGAAACCGAUUAUGUGGUGAGUCGUUAUGGCUGAUUUUAAGUAUAUUAUUCUAUAUACUCCUUGUUUUGUUUUUGGUUUCUUCAAAAGUUUGUAGAGACUAUUUUCAUCUUUAAUUGUUCUUUUUGAGACACAUGAAAAUGCAUUUGUUAUAUAAUUUGAAUUUCGAAAUUGUAUUCCCU